CCCAAGCAGCUGCAGGAGAGCUCUACAGACACACUGCUGUCUGCUAGCUCACUGUAUGUUAAUCAGCACGUCGGGCCUGAUUAACUACAAGAUGCGAGCAGCCGAAAUGGAGUCCUACUGUAGCGCUGCGGCUAAUAGUAAACACUAUCUGAUUUGUGUUAUUUCAUUAAAGUUAGCGCUAGGUGCGGGGUUUUGUAGUUCAUUAAGCGGGAUGUGGGUCUGUUGAGCCAACUUCUAGCGGAGAAGUUGAAUCUUCCGUAAAUAGCCUGAGAACUUUGCCAUUAGGAUCCUACAGGACUCGACCCGAGGCUGCAGGACCAACCGAGCAAAGUGAGCUACUGCAACAAGAGCCCCACACCUACAGGGGCCCCUAAAAAACCCCCCAGCUUCACUGUGUGGCAGUUAGUUUGUGUGAAAUGAUGGAAGACUCUCAUUUUAAUUCAUCGUAUUUCUGGUCUCCCAUCCCGACUGUACCAGGACAGAUUGAGAAUGCCAUGUUCCUGAACAAGGUGAAAGAGCAACAGGAAAAGAAUGCUUCCUUCUCUUCCCAAGCAUCCCACUACCAGACAGCUCUCCUCACCAUCCCUGGGACGAAGGCAGAUGGAGGAGGGCAGGUUGGCGGCGUGGCACACCUCCACCCUGCUCACAGCACCCAGAACAUGCUGUCCGUCCCGUCCACGGGCAUCAUGACAGCAGCGGGUCUGGUCAUCACAACUCCUCAGGGAACACUUGUCUCUCCCACCUGCUCUCAAUCGUUUGUCUCUGGUCAUCCAGCAACAACCAUGAUUGUUUCAGCACUCCAUUCUGCAGACAGAAAAGAAGGCGACGGGGGGCCCCAUGUGGUCGUGAUGCCAGCGCCCUCCAAACGAGGCCGAAAGAAGAAGACCGCACUGACCAGGGUCGGUCAUGUGGGUGGAAAUGAAACGCUAAUACUGGCUCAUCUCACAUCCGGUGGCCAGUUGGCCUCUUUGCAGCAUCAUAUUGGAGACCCAUAUGACCUGUCGAAUGAAGACGAAGACCACGGCCCAAAAGACAGCACUAAGACAUACAGGUGCCGGAUGUGUGCGGCGACCUUCCUCAGUAAGUCUGACAUGCAGAUCCACUCCAAGUCGCACACAGAGGCCAAACCUCACAAGUGUCCUCACUGCGCCAAGUCAUUCGCCAACUCCAGCUACCUGGCCCAGCACAUCCGCAUCCACAGCGGGGCCAAGCCUUACACCUGCUCCUACUGCCAGAAAUCUUUCAGGCAGCUCAGUCAUUUACAGCAGCACACACGGAACCACACAGAGUCAAAGCCUCAUAAGUGUCCCCAUUGUACCAAGUCAUUUGCCAACUCCAGCUACCUGGCCCAACAUGUCCGCAUCCACACCGGAGUGAAACCCUACACCUGCUCCUACUGCCAAAAGCACUUCAGACAGCUCAGUCAUCUUCAGCAGCACAAUAGGAUUCACACCGGAGAUCGGCCAUACAAGUGUAUCCACCCAGGCUGUGAGAAGUCCUUCACGCAACUCUCAAAUUUACAGUCCCACCGGCGUCAACACAACAAGGAUAAGCCCUACAAGUGCACCAACUGUAAUAAAGGAUACGUAGAUGCAGCGAGCCUGGAGGUGCACAUGACCACACACACAGUCAAGCAUGCGAGGAUCUACUCGUGUGGUCUCUGCAACCGCACUUAUACCUCAGAGACGUAUCUGGUGAAACACAUGGAGAAACACAACCCAGACCAGCUGUCUGCAACAGCAGCACAACAGAACCAACGCCAGGUCCCGGGUCAGAGCCGGCUAGACGGCGCAGAUGGAGGAUCGAGCCGACCCGGGGGUGCCGGGAGCGGAGGAGCGGGCGGAGGCCAGCAGGGACAGAGCCAGGGCAACUACCCGCAGACAGAAACCAUCUCCUGUCCGUUUGACCUGCACCAGUAUAAGACAGUGUCCGCCAGUGACAUCCAGUACAAACCCGUCAGCGUUGCCGACAUUACUUCCCACAAGGACCUCUGUCUCACUGUGUCAGCAUCCACCAUUCAAGUGGAGCACCUUAACUCUUAGAGGUGACGAAAGGAGGAAGUUGGGGGGGGGGGGAGGUCAAAUUGAUUCAAGAAAUUGAGGAUGGAGAGUCAAAGAAUAAAAGCAAUACUAAGGUGAUACAAGAACUUAGGAACACAUGACUGUGCCUGAACUGUGGUUUGAGGCAGACAGGACAAACAAUAUGGUGACACAUUAUACUGAAGACUAUAAGUUUGUCUUAUUUUACUUUUUUUCUUUCUGCCUUGUUUGAUUUGUUUUCUUUUUUACUAAGCUGUCCUGUCUGAGUAGAAAGUGCAUGUAUAGGCGGCAAUAAAGUAUGUUUCAGUCCAUCACAGUGAUGGUUUUAUGAUAGGAAGAGAGUCAAAGUGCUUCUCUUUAUUGUUUUAUCACCUGCUCUUCCCAACAAGUAUAGCGUUGGCCAUAGCAGUUUAGGGUCUCUCUGUUGAUGACAUUGAUGGUCAACUGUGAAGGUAAAUUUUCAUACUUUCAUGCAGAGACUUUCAGUUUUUACAUCAGUGUUAUCAGCUCUACUGUGUUGUAAAAUAUAUGCCCGCGAUUCAUUCUUUUUAACCUUAAAAGGGACAAAGAGGUAAUUUCCUGUUGAGGAAAAACAAAUGUCAAUCAAGUAUAUAUAUAUAUAUAUAUAUAUAUAUAUAGAUAUACUGUAUAUACUACCAGUUUAUAAUGUAUGAUUGUGUGUUUUAAAGGAUGUGGUAAUCCAUAUAACCUAUUUAGACCCAUUCACUGGCCUUCACAUGACGAAUGAUGAGCCAGUUCAUGUUUCAUGUAUUCCUAUUGUACUGCUUUGUGUGUAUGUCCUAAAAGAAAAGUUAUCCAAAUGUGCUCUUGAUAUACUUCCAUGAUAACAAUGUUUAUAAUACUUCUUUACAGACAUAUUGACACAUCUGAAAUUUGUCUUUUUUUCAGCUUAUAAUACAAUAAACCCUCUGAUAUGUUU